AUGUCUUCGUGGAACCCAAAAAGUUCAUCACCUAUCCCCAACAACCAUGCUGUCAAUCAUUCGACCUUAAGCAUCUAUCAAACACAAUCAAAGCGCCAGGUAAGGCUGGACGACAUUACUGUCGCAGACUAUACUAUCGGUUGGAUCGCGGCCCUUCCCCUUGAGCAAAAAGCUGCCGAGUUAGUUUUCAAUCAUGACUAUCGAAUACUUACCCAAGUUCCUCCGGGCGAUACCAAUCGAUAUACUCUAGGUGUCAUCGGUGAUCACAAGAUAGUGCUUGCGGUCAUGCCAGAUGGGCAAUACGGAAAAUCAUCUGCCUCUUCCGUCGCGACACACAUGCUUCGUACCUUCACAAACGUCCGGGUCGGGUUCAUGGUUGGUGUCGGUGGUGGGGCUCCGAGUAAGACCAACGACAUUCGCCUAGGCGACAUCGUGGUCAGCAGAAAAGGAGAUGGUAAGGGGGGUGUCUUUGAGUUUGAUUACUUCAAGAAGCAUCAGGCAAAACCCAACCAAAAUACUUCGCACCUCAACUCCACACCAUCAUUCGUGAUGAGUACAAUUGCUGGUCUUAAAGCUGACCACAUCGGCCAACAAGAUGCAAUCAAUGAGGAGAUUGAAGAUAUUUUGACUCAUCCCAGAAUUCCUCAAGAGCUCCGACGGGAUUUUGAACGACCAAGUGAAGAGGAUGACAUGCUCUUCAGGAGCAAUGUUGUUCACAAUGUUGGACGCGCUCUCAACCUUCAAUCAGUGCUUGGAGCGAAUAUUUCUCUGCUUGCCGUGAUCAUGUUGGCUGUUUCGUGCGUCGUGGUUGUUCCGCCAUUGGUGACUAUGCUUGCUUCGCUAUGUUUAGCAUUCGGAGCGGGAACAUUCGUCAAUGGGAUUAACAUCGAAGGCUGCGAACACAUCUUUCACAGGAGCACAAGAGCUGAUGAAGAGCUUCCAAGUGAUGAGAUCUGCCAGAGAUUCUGUCGAGUUAGCUGGCCCAAUGCACUAGUACCCCGUCAAGCACGAAAUCCAUCGAGGGCUCCUAAGAUUCACUAUGGCUUGAUCGGAUCUUCAGAUCAGCUGAUGAAAGACGCCGUACUUCGUGACGAGUUGGCAACAGACCACAACAUUCUCUGCUUUGAAAUGGAGGCUGCUGGUUUGAUGGACAAGUUCCCCUGCCUAGUCAUCCGCGGCAUCUGUGACUAUUCAGACAGUCACAAAAACAAAGGGUGGCAGAACUAUGCAGCGCUGGCGGCUGCCCUUUAUACAAGGGCUGUCAUCCGAUCGCUUCCUGUACAGCAAAUAAGUAAAGAGAGAAGACUUGCGGAUAUCAUGGGUCGUGGUUAG